AUGGUUUUAAAGGCAGAACACGCCAAGGACCCAAGUGCAGCCGUUGCCUCCAGCGUUCCCUCACGUAGGUCCCCGUCGUCUGCUGAGGAUGGCCCCAGUGGCCAUUCCAAUGUCUCAGACAGGGAGAUGGCCGGGAACUUACAGGACACCAUCAAGCACCGCAUCCUCUACCUCUUAGAGCAGCUGAGAGUGGAGAAGGCCAGUCGGGACAAGAACACCGUGGGCUACCUCAAGCUGGUGUCCAAAGCCGACCGGCACCAGGCCCCCCACAUCCGGCAGGCCUUCGAGAAAGUGAACCAGCGCGCCUCCGCCACCAUUGCCCGGAUCGAGCGAAGACUCCGCCACUGUCACCAGCAGCUGCGGGAGCUGGAGGAGGGCCACAGGCCCAGGGGCUUGGUGCUCAAGGCAGAGAGCAGCCUGGCAGGCUGCAAGCAGCCUGGCGACAAGGCCCCGUUUUUAGAACCCCCCAAGCCGGGUGGGGAGGACUGCCUGUCCACUGACCUCUCUGACAUUGUCAGACACUCGCCCCUGGAGAGUCACCUCCCGGCCUUGCAGCGAGGGAAGUCCCCAGGGGCAAAGCGUGUGGCCCCACAGCGAAACCUGCUGUUGCAGAAAAUGAAGGAAGACCUGAAAGAAGUCAGGGAUGUGCACCGCAACCUCCAGGUGUCCUAUCAGAGCCUAAAGGACAGGCAUCUGAUGGACCUGCAGGUGUCACUAGAGGCCCUUCAGGAAGAGAAAUGCAGGCAAGCGCUGAUGGAAGAACAGGUGAACGAGCACCUGCAGGGGCACCUGGAUGAGAUCUACUGCCUCAAACAGACUCUGGCGUGCAUGGAGGAGAAAAUGGCCUUUCUGUCCUAUGAGAGAGCCAAGGAGAUAUGGGAGGUCAUGGAGACUUUCAAGAACCGUAUAGCUAAGCUUGAAACUCUGCAACAAGUGACACAACUGGAGGUGACGCACAGGUUCCGGAUCCGUCCCCAGGAGUUUAUGUUCCGGCUUGUGAGCCUGCUCCUCACACUGGCUACUAUCCUCCUCGUCUUCAUCUCCACUGUGUGCUCCUGCCCCUUGCCACUGCUCAAUUCCCGCCUGCGCACGUGCACCACACUCCUGCUGAUCGGCCUCGCGGCCCUGGCCUGGCAGAAACGGCAUGCCUUCCCUACCACCGACUGGCAGGCCUGGGUCCCCUCCAGAUGGAGACUGUACCCCAAGGAUUCCAAGCCUCUAUCAGAUGGGACUUAG